AUGCUACGGGCAUUGUCGCACCAGCGCAUCGCGUCACAUCAUCUGCGUCUCUCGGCCCGCCGAGAAAUCGCUAGCUACACGGAACAAUACCGUCGCAGCCUCGAGAAACCAGAGGAGUUCUGGGCCGAAGCAGCGCAAGACAUCAAGUGGUUCAAGCCCUGGUCCAAAACGCUCGAUACCACGUCAGGACCAUCGUCGAGAUGGUUCGCUGGGGGUGAGAUAAACACGUGCUACAACGCACUGGACGUACACGUGAACAACGGACGGGGCGAUGCCGUGGCGCUUUAUUAUGACAGCCCACUCACAAGCACGAAGACCACCAUGACGUACAGUCAACUACUAAAAGAAGUAUCUACCUUUGCUGGAGGACUACAGAAACUUGGCGUGAAGAAGGGAGACUGCGUGGUCAUCUACAUGCCGGCAGUACUGGAGACAACCGUGGCUAUGCUCGCUUGUGCUCGUCUCGGAGCUAUCCACUCUGUCGUGUUCGGCGGGUUUGCGACACUGGAAUUGGCUGCUCGUAUCGAAGAUGCCAAGCCCAAGAUCAUCAUCUCAGCGAGUUGCGGUGUGGAGCCCAAGGGCAUCAUCGACUACGGUCCACUGCUCAACGGUGCGCUCGAGCGCUCGAGCUGGAAACCCAGCAGAGUUGUCAUGAUGCAACGCGACCUUUGUCCCUUCCCCAUGACCAAGGGACGUGACGUCGACUGGAGAGAUGUCAUGGCAAUGGCCAAUCCUGUUGACGCAGUGCCUGUGCUUGCAACAGACCCACUAUACAUCUUGUAUACAUCCGGCACUACCGGACGUCCGAAGGGUGUGGUGCGAGACAAUGGCGGUCAUGCUGUUGCACUGAAAUGGGCGAUGCGCAAUGUGUUUGACAUUACGCAAGGCGACACGUUCUUCGCGGCGUCCGAUAUGGGCUGGACAGUGGGGCAUUCACUUGUUGUAUACGGCCCCCUGGUACAUGGCUGCACGUCGGUUUUGUAUGCCGGUAAACCGGUUGGAACACCGGAUGCUGGAGCUUACUGGCGUUUGAUAACGGAGUACGGCAUCAAGUCGAUGUUUACUGCGCCGACUGCGUUACGAGCGAUCCGAAAGGAAGACCCACAUGCUGCACUGCUGAAAGAGAAGAAAGACGAGAUCCGCAAGACGUUCCAAUCGAUGUUCGUAGCUGGCGAGCGUGGAGACCCCAAGACGUUCAACUUCUUCUCAGAGGAGCUCGGUGUUCCUCUAAUCGACCACUGGUGGCAAACGGAGACUGGAUGGCCGAUCACGGCCCCGUGCCUAGGCAUGCAGAACGAGGAUCUUACAGAGGACGGCCUUCCGCGUAUUAAAGUGGGCUCAGUAGCUCGUCCGGUGCCUGGCUGGGACGUCCAACUUCUGACGGCAGAUAACGCCGACGACGAUGAGAACCAUGGCCACAACCACGAGAAAGAAGAGAAAGAUGCCGAGCUGGUGGUCAAGCUGCCUCUUCCUCCAGGUGCUCUGACUACUCUACACAACAACCCGGACGACUUUCAUGCCAAGUAUUUCAAGCGGUUCCCGGGUUAUUACCACACGGGAGAUACCGGACAUAUCGACGAAGAAGGAUUCGUUUACGUGAUGUCACGGACGGAUGAUGUUAUUAACGUUGCGGGCCACCGUAUCACUACUGGAUCGAUCGAAGAAGUGAUUAUCGAGAUUCCGGAGGUUGUCGAGUGCGCGGUGUUCGGCGUAGCAGAUCCGCUCAAGGGCCACGUCCCGGUCGCUCUUCUGGUGAUUGACAAGAAAAUCGAUCGUUCGAAGGAAGAGAUCAUUGAGCAAGUGGUGCGCGAUGUGCGUGAGCAGAUGGGCAGCUUCGUGUGUCUAAAGGAUGUCGGACUCGUGGACGCACUGCCCAAGACUCGCUCUGGCAAGGUCAUGCGCGCGACGAUCCAAGCUGUUGCCGACUCGGCGCCAUUCCGUGUGCCAGCCACCAUCGACAACGUUGCAGUACUGGAUGAUAUCCGGAAGGUGUUGCACAAGCUAGGAUACGCCAAAACGAAUUCCGUCGUGGGCAAGUAGGAGGCUCAUUAAAACAUGUGGUGAAUGUAAACAGUGUUAGCGUGAGUGAACGUGAAAAUAACGCUGUAAAUAACGCCCCAUCAUCA